CAAAUCGUUCGCAUCGUUCUCAAACUUAAAAUGGCUCGUACCAAGCAGACUGCUCGUAAAUCCACCGGAGGAAAGGCUCCUCGCAAGCAGUUGGCCACAAAGGCAGCUCGCAAAAGCGCCCCGGCUACUGGAGGAGUGAAGAAGCCUCAUCGUUAUCGUCCAGGAACGGUCGCUCUGCGUGAAAUCCGUCGUUACCAGAAGUCCACCGAGCUUCUGAUCCGCAAGCUUCCGUUCCAACGUCUGGUUCGUGAAAUUGCCCAAGACUUCAAGACCGAUCUUCGUUUCCAGAGCUCGGCUGUCAUGGCUCUGCAGGAGGCUAGCGAAGCCUAUCUGGUCGGUCUGUUCGAAGAUACCAACCUGUGCGCCAUCCACGCCAAGCGUGUUACCAUCAUGCCAAAGGACAUCCAACUGGCUCGCCGUAUCCGUGGCGAACGUGCUUAA